AUAUUGAAUGGACGCUUGAGAUUAAUUAUUCUUUUAUUCUUUUUUAAUUAUUUUUUUCUGAAAUCUACGAGUCAGAGAAACGAGAGAGAGAGAAGAUGGAGUUCGUAGAUGGUAGAGAAAGUAGAAGACGCGACGCGACGCGAAGUCACCACCACCAUCGCUCGUUACCAUCACCACCAUCGCCAUCUCUCCCAUCCCCAAUCGCUCGUCACCACCACCAUCGCUUCUCAGAUCCGUCUUCACCGGAGUCGCCACCACCACCGUCACGCUCGUCAUAACCACGACUGAUCACUUCUCUGUCUCUCACUCUAUGUCUCUCAUUCUCUCUGUGUUUUUUUUUUGUUCUUGUUACAGGAAGCUUGUUCGUAAGAAAGUGGUCAUUGAUAAGGCGAAAAAUACAAGAGGGAUGACUCUGCCAAAACUAUGUCCCAACGUUUGCAAGGUGGUGGUCGUGACUCGUGAGCAAGAGCUGGUGUUGUGCAGAGGAGAUGUCACGAACUUGUCUCCGUCUAGACUCACACGAAUGUUGCAGUCUCUACUGGAAUGCCAAGUGCAGCCUUUGAAGGUUUAUACAGCUAAAACAUUGCUCUAUACGGCAGACUUUAAGACAAUCGUGCUUAGAUACUGCGGAAGCUUGAGGAAAGUGGAAGAGACAGAUGAACCUUGAGGAAGGUCGAAGUGAAACAAGGAGCUUGAGGAAGACGGCGGCUUAGGUUUAGGUUUAGGGUUAAUUAGAUUUUGGUUUAAUGUGUUUUAAUUAGUUUUUUUUUUAAUAUGUACUAGUUUAGUUUUGUAAAAUUGAUUUUAUUUGUAAACUGAUUGUAAUAAUUUAAAUUCUUUUUAUUACAAA